AAAGAGUCGCAACGGCUUUGUAUUACGUAAUCAUCCGAAUGCCGUUGCGGAAGCUGGCUGGUGCGCAUGGGGCCGGGCCGGGCGUGGCAUCCUCCAACUCAACUCCGACCAUUGCAAUGUGAAAGCCCAGAAUAGGCACAAACCACGUUUAAGUUGCAUACCUACCUACCCAGGCAUUCAUCACGUUGACAACUCCGCCCGCAUAUCGAAAGUCCAGCUCGAGGCAGUGCGUAGAUGCACAAUUGAGUGGAAGUAACAAACCCAUCCGAUCGGAACGGAUCCAUUCCUGUUCCAUCGCCUCCCACACUCACCGGGUCACACGACACGACCAACUGGCUCGCCUCACACACUUGUAAUCAUAUAUUGUCAAUCAUUAUUUUGUUCAUUCAUAUUUUGGUACACAGUUCUGGACUAGUCAAUAUCAGUGAACCAACUUUCCACCAAGAUGGCGGACAAGGACAAGCAGUACAAGUAUCGACAGGAGAUACAACAGAUGAUGUAUGUAUCGGGCGAAACGGGAGAGCCUUCUGUCGAGACCACGGGGAUCAUCGAGGACAUUGUCCGGCAACAAGUUAUCGAGAUUCUUAGGAACUGUACCGAACUGGCAGCGCGGCGGGGUUCGCGUUCCAUCACCAUCAACGACCUCAUCUUUCAGAUACGUGACGACGCUCCAAAGGUAUCUCGACUACGUACUUUCCUCUCGUGGAAAGAUGUGCGCAAGAACGUCAAAGAUUCGGACGAUAAGGGCGGCGAAGCCGAUUUGGGCGCCGGAGAGGACCCUAGCGGCGGAGUGGUUGCCGGCGGUCCCGUGGACGACACGGCAAAGAAGAAUAAGAAGGCCAAGGUCGGGCUCCCCUGGGAACCAGCAUCAUUUUUCCCCGCCGAGGUACCGGAGCGCGAGGACGAGGAAGACGAGGAGGAAGAGGAGAUGAACCACAUCACGCUGCAGCGGCUGCGCAAGGCCGACGAGCGGACCAAGGCCAUGACGAAGGAGGAAUACGUUACCUGGUCCGAAUACCGCCAGGCCUCCUUCACGUACCGCAAGGGCAAGCGGUUCCGCGAGUGGGCCGGCUUCGGCAUUGUUACGGACAGCAAACCGUCGGACGAUAUUGUCGAUAUCCUGGGGUUCCUGACCUUCGAGAUGGUGCAGACGCUGACGGAGGAGGCGCUCAAGAUCAAGGAGAACGAGGACCAGUACCGCGAGCGCACGGGAGAGAACGCGGGUAAGAAGCGCAAGCUGCCCGGCGGCGGCGGUCUGUUCGACCCGCCUAGUGAGGGCCGCAGCCCGGUCGAGCCGCGCCACAUCCAGGAAGCUUUUCGUCGACUUCAGCAGCGGCCCAAGAAGUUGAGGGCUAUGCUCAACGGCACGAGGUUGCAGCAGCGGACGAUGCUCAAGCUAAUCUGAGUGUUUGCUUGGCUGCUAGUCGAGAGUUUGUAUGACCUUGCGGGAGUCAGGCGGGAUUCUAGGCAUGGCGUGAUGGGUUCUGCGAUUGAUUUGGCGUUUGGUCUGGCAAGGCUGAUAUCCCGGCUGUGUUAUCAUUUUGUACAGCGUAUCGGAAUUUAUAAAUCAGAACAGUUAUUUCAUUCUAUAUCUCUUUGACCUUGAAGAAAAGGAAGCUUGAUGUCGUCAACGGUCCCUGUGUACGAAUACCUCCAC